CCUCGAGCUGUGGGUGUACCAAUCUCCGCGUGUGUGGUUACAGCGGCGCGGGCCCUGCGGGUGAGCGUGCUUGCAUCGCGGGUUAGGAGACCCAAACAUGGCAACCUUGGAAGAAAGUUUCCCCCGAGGGGGCACGAAAAGGGCCCACAAAUCAGAGCUCCAGCAGCCAGUUGAACAAGACAACUUGUUUGAUAUUUCUACUGAAGAAGAACCCACCAAACGAAAAAAGAGCCAAAAAGGGCCAGAAAAAACAAAGAAGUUGAAAAUUGAAAAGAAAGACAGCAUCACACCUGUCAAAGAGAAGUUUGAAAUCCUUCGAGUUGAGUCUCUGUGUGAGGGGAUGCGGAUUCUGGGCUGUGUGAAAGAGGUAAAUGAUCUGGAGCUGGUGAUUGGUCUCCCCAACGGGCUCCAGGGCUUCGUGCAAGUGACCGAAAUCUGUGACGCCUACACCCGAAAGCUGAAUGAGCAGGUGGCACAAGAAGACCCUCUGGAGGACCUGGUCAGCUUGCCUGAGCUUUUCUCACCCGGAAUGCUGGUCAGAUGUGUGGUGAGCAGUGUGGGCCUCACAGAGAGAGGCAACAAGAGUGUCAAGUUGUCCCUGAACCCCAGGAAUGUCAACGGAGUGCUGAGUGCCGAGGCCCUGAAGCCUGGCAUGCUGCUCACAGGCACUGUGUCCAGCCAGGAGGACCAUGGCUACCUAGUGGACAUAGGUGUUAGCGGGAACAGAGCUUUCCUACCACUGCAGAAAGCCCACCAGGACGGCCGACAGAAGAGCAAAGGUGCCAAACUGAAGGUGGGUCAGUACCUGAACUGCGUUGUUGAAGAAGUGAAAGGUGAUGGAGGAGUGGUUAGAUUGUCUAUUGGUCACCUGGACGUUUCCACCGCCAUUGCUACCGAGGAGCAAAGCUGGACCCUUCAUAACUUGCUACCAGGGUUGGUGGUCAAAGGCCAAGUGCAGAAGGUGACUCCACUUGGCCUUACGGUAAACUUCCUCUCCUUCACGGGCCUGGUUGACUUUAUGCACCUGGAGCCCAAGAAAACGGGAACCUAUCUCUCAAAACAAACAGUCAGAGCCUGCAUCCUCUCCGUCCACCCUCGAACCAGAGUUGUUCGUCUGAGCUUGCGCCCUGUCUUCCUCCAGCCUGGGCGCCCGCUGCCUCGGCUCUCGUGCCAGCACCUGGGGGCCGUGCUGGAAGGCGUUCCUGUCUGUAACUUCUUCAGCAACACAGGGGCCACCUUCCAGCUGAAGGACGGGGCUCUGGCCUAUGCCCGGUUCAACCACCUCUCCGAAUCUAAGAAAGCCCCCAAACCUGAGCUCUUCAAGCCUGGGAGCACUCACAAGUGUCGCAUUAUCGACUACAGCCCAAUGGAUGAGCUGGCAUUGCUUUCUCUGCGGACUUCCGUCAUCGAAGCGCAGUACAUUAGCUAUCAUGACAUCAAACCUGGGGCUGUGGUCAAGGGCACGGUGCUGGCCAUAAAACCCUAUGGGAUGCUGGUGAAGGUGGGCGGACAGAUCCGGGGCCUGGUCCCCCCCAUGCACCUGGCGGACAUCCCGAUGAAGAAUCCAGAAAAGAAGUACCGCAUUGGGCAUGAAGUCAAGUGCCGGGUUUUGCUUUGUGACCCGGAAGCCAGGAGACUGAUGAUGACCCUGAAGAAAACCCUGGUUGAGUCCAAACUGCCUGCCAUUACCUGCUACACCAGCGCCAAGCCCAGCCUGCAGACCCAUGGCUUUAUCUUCAAGGUCAAGGACUGUGGCUGCAUCGUGAAGUUCUACAACGACGUGCAGGGCCUGGCGCCCAAGCAUGAACUGAGUACGGAGUAUAUCUCUGCGCCGGAGACCGUCUUUUACCCUGGCCAGGUGGUGAAGGUGACGGUGCUGAACUGUGAGCCAGCCAGAGAGAGGAUGCUGUUAUCCUUCAAGCUGCUGCAGGACCCACAGAAAGAGCUCGAGGGAGGGAGUCGGAAGAAAGGAAAGGCUGUUCAUGUUGGGCAGCUGGUGGAUGUGAAGGUUGUGCAGAAGGCCAAAGACGGGCUGGAGGUGGCUGUCCUGCCCCACAACAUCCCUGCCUUCCUCCCCACGCCACACCUGUCGGAUCAUGUUGCCAAUGGCCCACUGCUGUAUCACUGGCUCCAGGCAGGUGACACCCUCCACAGGGUCCUGUGUCUGCAGAGCGAAGGACGUGUCCUCGUUUGUAGGAAACCAGCCCUGGUCUCCACCGCAGAAGGCGGCCAGGAUCCCAAGAGCUUCCCGGAAAUCCAGCCUGGCAUGCUGCUCAUUGGGUUUGUGAAGAGCAUCAAGGACUACGGGGUGUUCGUGCAGUUCUCCUCAGGCCUCAGUGGCCUGGCCCCCAAAGCUGUCUUGAGUGACAAAUUUGUGACCUCCACAAGCGACCACUUUGUGGAGGGGCAGACGGUCGUUGCCAAGGUGACGAACGUGGACGAGGAGAAGCAGCGGAUGCUGCUGUCGCUGCGGCUGUCGGACUGCAGUCUGGGAGACGGGGCCGCCACCAGCCUCCUCCUCCUGAGCCAGUGUCUGGAGGAGCUGCAGGGCGUGCGCAGCCUUAUGAGCAGCCGAGAUUCUGUGUUGGUCCAAACCCUGGCUGAGAUGACCCCAGGCAUGGUCCUUGACCUGGUGGUGCUAGAGGUGCUGGAAGAUGGCUCUGUGGUGUUCAGUGGGGGCCCAGUGCCUGGCCUGGUCCUGAGAGCCAGCAAAUACCAUCGGGCAGGGCAGGAGGUGGAAUCUGGGCAGAAAAAGAAAGGUGUCAUCCUAAACGUGGACAUGCUCAAGUUGGAAGUCCAUGUUUCCCUGAACCACGAUUUGGUGACUAGAAAACAUAAAAGGCUGAAGAAAGGCAGCGAGCACCAGGCCACUGUGCAGCACAUGGAGGAGUCCUUUGCCAUCGCCUCCUUGGCAGAGACUGGGCAGCUGGCCGUCUUCUCCCUGACCUCUCACCUCAACGACACCUUCCGCUUUGACUCCGAGAAGUUGCAGGUGGGACAGGGUGUCUCCUUAACCCUCAAGACUACACAGCCGGGAGUGACAGGUCUUCUUCUGGCUGUUGAGGGGCCAGCUGCUAAGAGGACCAUGAGACAAGCCCACAAGGAGUCAGAAACGGCGGAUGAGGACGAGGAGGCAGAUCCAGCUUUGGCUGUGGGGGUGGUGAAGAAGCACACCCUGUCCAUCGGGGAUGUGGUCACCGGAACCGUCAAGUCCAUUAAGGCCACCCACGUGGUUGUGACGCUGGGCGAUGGCGUCAUUGGCUGUAUCCACGCCUCCCACAUUCUUGAUGACGUGCCUGCGGGCACCACGCCCACCAGCAACCUGAAAGUUGGCAAGACCGUCACUGCGCGGGUGAUUGGCGGGCGCGACGUGAAGACAUUCAAGUUUCUCCCGAUAAGCCACCCCCGAUUUAUCCGGACCAUCCCAGAGCUGAGUGUUCGAACCAGUGAGCUGGAGGGUGGCCACACUGCACUCAACACUCACUCUGUUAGUCCCUCGGAGAAGAUCAAACAGUACCAGGUGGGACAGACCGUGACGUGCUUCCUGAAGAGGUACAACGUGGUUAAGAAAUGGCUUGAAGUGGAGAUUGCUCCUGACAUCCGAGGGAGAAUUCCUCUGUUGCUCACCUCUCUCAGCUUCAAGGUCCUGAAGCAUCCCGAUAGGAAGUUCCGGCUUGGUCAGGCCCUGAGGGCCACCGUGGUUGGUCCAGAUUCCGCCAAGGCCUUCUUGUGUCUGUCACUCAUAGGUCCUCACAAGCUUGAGAAAGGGGAAGUGGCCAUGGGUCGAGUGGUGAAGGUGACUCCCAACGAGGGGGUGAUGGUCUCCUUCCCCUUUGGGAAGUUUGGGAGAGCCAGUCUCUUUCACCUGAGCGACAACUACUCUGAGAUGCCCCUGGAGAACUUCGUCCCCCAAAACAUCGUCAGGUGCUAUGUCCUGUCCAGUGCAGACCACGUGUUGACUUUGUCGUUGAGGUCAUCCAGAACAAACCCGGAGACCAAAAGCAAAAUAGAGGACCCAGAGAUUAACUCCAUCCAGGACGUCAAGGAGGGGCAGCUCUUGCGGGGCUACGUGAAGGCCGUGGAGCCAAAGGGUGUGCUCUUGAGUCUUGGCCCCUCGGUAGUGGGUUUAGCCCAGUACUCCCAUGUCUCCCAGUACUGCCCGUCUAAGAAAGCCCUGUACAGCAGGCACCUGCCACAAGGGAGACUGCUCACAGCCAAGGUCCUCAGCCUGAACCACAAGAAGAACCUGGUGGCGCUGUCCUUCCUCCCCAAAGACACUGGGAAGCCAGACGUGCUUCCUGCCUCCGUAGAGCUGCCGCUUCUGGAGCAGGAGAAGGGGACAGAGACAGAGGGGGCCGAUCGGAAAACGACCGAGAAGAAGACCCGGCGGAGGGAAGAGAUACAGCAGAAAGGACAGGUGCAGAGGAAGCGGCAGCCGCAAGUGAAGAAGCCGGGCAAGCGGGGGCGUGGGGAGGCUGAGAGCCAGCAGGAGAGCGUCAACAAGAAGCCAAAGAGAGCUGCUCCGUCCGAAGAGGACGACAGCGGGGUGGAGGUGUAUUACCGGGAAGGGGAAGACGAGGUGGAAGAGAUGGCCCUGCCACGCCAGGAGAAGCCGGCCAGGCUGGCAGAUGUGCCUCGGCUGCAGCUGUCGUCAGGCUUCAUGUGGGAUGUGGGACUGGACUCCUUGACCCCGGCUCUGCCCCCUCGAGACAGCUCGGACAGCGAGGAUGACGAGAAGCCGUCAGAAGCCACGAAGAAAAGCAAGAAGGAGAGGGCGCUGACGAAGCAGAAGGCCGAGAAAGAGCUGUCCCGCAUCGAGGAGGCCUUGAUGGACCCCGGGCGGCAGCCGGAGUCGGCAGACGACUUUGACCGCCUCGUGCUCAGCUCCCCCAGCAGCUCCAUCCUGUGGCUGCAGUACAUGGCCUUCCACCUGCAGGCCACGGAGAUCGAGAAGGCCCGGGCCGUGGCCGAGCGGGCCCUCAAGACCAUCUCCUUCAGGGAGGAGCAGGAGAAGCUGAACGUGUGGGUGGCGCUGCUGAACCUGGAGAACAUGUACGGCUCACAGGAGUCGCUGACCAAGGUCUUCGAGCGGGCCGUGCAGUACAACGAGCCUCUCAAGGUCUACCUGCACUUGGCCGACAUCUACACCAAGUCAGACAAGUUCCAGGAAGCCGGCGAGCUCUACGGCCGCAUGCUGAAGCGUUUCCGCCUGGAGAAAGCUGUGUGGAUCAAGUACGGCUCCUUCAUCCUGCGGAGGGGCCAGGCGGGCUCCAGUCACCGCGUGCUGCAGCGGGCCCUGGAGUGCCUUCCUCAGAAGGAGCAUGUGGAUGUGAUCACCAAGUUUGCCCAGCUUGAAUUCCAGCUGGGGGAUGCGGAGCGGGCCAAGGCCAUUUUCGAGAACACACUGAGCACCUACCCCAAGCGCACGGAUGUGUGGUCCGUGUACAUCGACAUGACCAUCAAGCACGGCAGCCAGAAGGAAGUGCGGGACAUCUUUGAGCGGGUCAUUCACCUGAGCAUGGCCCCCAAGCGAAUGAAGUUCUUCUUCAAGCGCUACCUGGACUAUGAGAAGCAGCAUGGCACGGAGAAGGACGUGCAGGCCGUGAAGGCCAAGGCCCUGGAGUAUGUGGAGGCCAAGAGCUCUGUGCUGGAGGACUAACUGCCAGGGGCCCGAGGGACACUGCCAGAAGCUGCCCAGCCCUGCUGGGCCUCUGGGGCCUGGGCUGGGGAGAAACUGUUGCCUCAGGGCUGUAUUUAAGUGCUGCUUUUUUUUUUGGUACUCUUGAGUCAUCCUGUCAGGGUGUAAAAAGAGUGCAGGGGUUUCUUUUACUUUUGUCUUGAGUAGCAGUUUAUUGCACCUUUUCUCUUCUCUGAGGCUGCUCAAUGGCUGCCAGCAGACGGGCUCCAGGAGUCCAGGGGGCAGGCCUGCUUUCUUGCCCUCCGCUGGUACCUACAUUUCUCCUUGGAAUCUCAGCUCAGCUGGUACUGAGAACCCUUUUGUGGGGCCGCUGGGGCUGGGAAGAUGGGGUGCCCGAGUGGCUGAGAAGCCCACCCAAUGGCUCAGCCCAGGCCCACCUUGGCUAUAUGACCUAGCUUUUCCAGUAAAUUCUCCCAACAGUG